AUGGCGGAUAAUGGCUUCAUCAAGCCCGACCCGGACGCGCAGGCGACCCCACCCCUCGAUGACGAAGACCUCUUUGAAGACGCAGGCGACCUCGAGUUUUACGACAAGAACCUCGCCAACACAUACGAAACGCUGUACCUGGCGCGAAUCCCGCGCUACAUGUGGGAGGCGUGGCAGAAGCUGAUUGAGCGCCUCGACGACGACGACGAGGUGCAGAUUGGCACGCUGCGCACCUGGAACGAGCCUGGCGAGACUGAUGAUAAUGGCAACGUCGGGCCCGAAACGACCAAGCUGCGCAUGCUGCUUGACCCAGGCUGCGACGAGCACCACGCACUCCCUCGCGAGUAUGACCUCGAUGUUCUCGACCGCGACGUCCGCAACCACUUCAUCUUCACCGAGGAAGACCUCCCCAGCUACAAGGCCAAGAACAAGGAGCGUCAGGACCAGAUCAAUGCUGGCAUCCCCGCGCACAUUUUGCGGCAAAAGGAAGCGGCGGCAACUGCUGCUGCUUCUGCUGCUGCUGGCGGCGUUGGACCACAGAGGAACACGUAUGAUCGCAAAAGUCGCUUCCAGCCAUAUUAUCGCAAAGCGAUUCCGAAGAAGACAAAGAUAUUUGGCAAGAUUCACUACGAUGUGCGAGUUGAGCCGCGCAACACGGGAGAGGAGGAGCGCUACCUCGGACAACAGCUCUUCCAGGCCGAACACUCGAAAGCCAAGCUCCAGAUUAUCAGCAGAAACACGGCGUCGUCCAUCAUCAACCCCGGCACCGCUGGCGCCGUUGGCUGGGCUGGCAACUUUAUCAAAAACACCCCUUCGCUUGUUAAGCCCAAAAAGGGCGAGAAUUUCAAGGCUGCCCGCAUUCCCAAGAACCAACUUCUCGAUCUCAUUUUCGAUUGCUUCCGCCAGUAUCAGUACUGGUCCAUGAAGGCGCUCCGCCAGCGCACGCAGCAGCCCGACUCGUACCUGCGCCAGGUCCUCGAGGAGGUUGCCGUGCUCAACAAGUCGGGGCCCUUUGCUAACCACUACUGCCUGAGCGAGGCAUACCGCGACAAGGCCGGCAACGAAUCCAGAGAGGCUGCUGCUGCCGAGGCGGCUGAUGAUGGCGACGACGAUGAGCCCGAGGAGAUGGAGGAUGUGCAUCUCCAGCUUUACAUCUCCAGCUUUACAUCUCCAGCUUUACAUUACAUCUCUAGCUUUGCCUCUGCAGGCGCAGCAAUGCUGCGUGCCCACCGCCGCGCACUCUCCAAUAUGCAUCUCGUUUUCGACUUUGACGGCACCAUCACCCUUCGCGACACCAUCGGCCACCUCGCCCGCGCAGGCGUCGCUGCGCAAAAGCUCAGUCGCGGGGCCAACCUCGAGCCCGCCUGGGACGCGCUCCUCCAGGCGUACCUCGCCGACAACGACGCGUACCGCGCGCAAUUUGACACGCCGGCCGCGCGCACCACGGCCGCGCAGGAGCUCCGCUUCCUCAGCGGCCUUGCGGACGUGGAGCGCGCGUCCCUGCGGCGUGUCGGCGAAGCUGCCCUCUUCAAAGGCCUAGGCCCGGCCGCUAUGCGGCGUAUCGGCGCUGAUGCCGUGGCAAACGGCGACGUGCAGCUCCGGCCGGGGUUGGCUCGUCUCGUCGCGCGCGCGCGUGAAAAGGGCUGGUCUGUCAGCGUCGUCUCUGUCAACUGGUCCUCCGAGUUUAUCCGCGGUGUCGUCGGCGACGUCCUGCGCGACGACGGCGACGGCGACGGCGACGGCGACGAAGUGGUUUCAAACUCGACGCGGGAAGAGGAUGGGGUUAUUCGCGGACCGGACGUGCUGGAGGGGGCGCUGCUCGUGACCGCGCCGGACAAGGCCCUCGCGAUGCAGAGGCUGCGAGGCGGCGGGGGCGGCGGGCCGCUCGUCUACUUUGGCGACUCGACGACUGACCUGGCGUGCUUGAUGGAGGCGGACCGCGGGGUGGUGCUGGCGGCGGCAGAGGGUGAGGGCGCUUUGUUGACGACGAUGAAGAGGUUGGGCUUGGAGGUGCCGCCGGUCGAGGCGAAGAAGAAGACGGGGUGGGCGCGGACAUUUGAUGAGGUGCUGGACAGCGAUUUUCUGAGUGAAUGA